AUGGACUGCUCACCACCAUCAUAUCAAUACUAUUCCAACUCGUUUCCAUUUAUUUAUCCCGGAUACGAAUCCACUCAUUCCAAUCUGAUGUCCGGGAUUACAACAUCAUCAUCAUCAUCAUCAUCAUCACCGCCAGCAUCCUCGUUUGCAACAUCCACCGAUUAUUGGUCCACCCUGUGCGUCCCCUCGGCCAAUUCAUUUUUGGUCGGUGCAAAACAACUCAUGAAUAGUCUUCCUCUGGCCGGAUUUCAUCUAACUCCAACCGGAACUUCACUCAGUACAGUAUCCGUGACAAACUCGUUGAUUCAGGCAGAACAGAUCCCCGGUUUCUUACGUCAAUGCCCAAGAUCAGAUGGCACUGGACAUCGGGACUCCCGGAGAAGUGCAUUUUUCGGCCCGUAUCGAGGAGAUAGAUCAUUUGGCGGACUGAUUGAAACAGACGCGCGUGUGAUACAAAACGAUACUUGUCACAGAUCCUCAGGUGACAGAGCAUCUAUUGUAUCCGAUGGAAGUGGUUACCAGACAAUUAGUGAAACAGAUUUUGCCGACAAUUAUAUCGGUCUCGGGAAUACCGAGAUCCCGACAAUCGGCGAACCGUUCAGCGUUGAGGAUGAAGAUGAGGAGGACGGGGUAGAUGAUUAUGAGGACGAAUUAUUGGUCGAUGAAAAUGAGGAUGAUAUGGAUUGUACUCGGACACAGUUGAAUCGUUCAGCAGAUGCCUAUCUGUUUCCCAAUGGCCGGCGACGUACUCAUCCCCUUGGAACAGAUCUUCGAACUGGUUGUACCAUUGGUGGACUGAUGAUUCAUGAAUCCUCGAGUGAGAGUAUAAAGCAUUCAGCAAAUCAAUUUCAUUAUCGCCGAACAAUGAGUAAACGAGGUGUCUCAUGUCAUAUACCACGAUUCCGUACGGGAACAUAUAGGAAAUGUCAUAGUGUGCAAAUUGUGCAACGUCAAGCAGCAAAUUUGCGCGAAAGAAAACGAAUGCAAUCGAUCAAUAAAGCUUUUGAAGGUCUUCGGGCACACAUUCCCACCUUGCCGUACGAAAAACGUCUAUCCAAGGUGGACACCCUACGUCUAGCGAUUGGAUAUAUUCAUUUUUUACAAGAAAUCGUUCAAACACACAGCACAGACGAGUCCGGUUCAUGGUCCAAAGACAGUGCAGGGGAGGACAGAUUAUCCAGCCGUGAGGAUCCAUCCGAUACGAAUGAGGAUUGCGUAACAAGCCGGGCUAAAAUUCGAAGCGCUGACGGAAUUAAUCACACGGAUGCCAAUAAUGACGAUGGGUUUCAAUCCGGUUCGACUGUUCGAUCGCUCCUUCCGACCGGAACAACCACUAUUCCGGGACGUGGUGGCGGUGAAUCGAUGCCAAUUCGACAGACCGCUACCUAUCGUGGGCCGGUACAACCCACCAAAAAAGUCAUACUGAACCUUCCGAAACAUGGUAAUUCGUUCUUUCGAACAAUAGUGUCUUUCAUUGUUUGUGCAAUUGAUCAAACUACUUUCUCAAAGUUGAUUGGAUUAUUCUGA